GUCCUUGUACUACUGGGAGAAGUUAUUCUACUACUAGUGGGAGAAGUUAUUCUACUAUUUGGAAAUCUAUAAAUUGGGGGAUUUGUAGGGGGUGGGACGCACUCUCUCCUUCUUCUUGGAGAAUUAGACUUGUUCUGGUUAAGAGUGGUGGGUUUGGGCCUUGGUCCAUCCCACCAAAAUCCUCGAUAUGGGAAGAGCAAAAAUCAACAUGGAGCUUAUUCAAGAUCAUAAGAAUAGGAAGUCAACUUUCGUGAUGCGAAAGGCUAGCUUAAUCAAGAAAAUCUCAGAGCUAGCGAUACUUUGUGGCAUCAAAGCCUGCAUGAUCAUAUACGGCGGAAUUGAUGAUCAAGUUGUUCCUCAACACGAUCAAAUAUGGCCGAAUGAUCCAAAAGAAGUUGAAGAGCUAAUAAAUCUCUACAAAAAUCAACCACUCGAAGGCCGGAGCAAAAGGGCUAAGUCCUUGUCCAACUUCUUUGAAAAUCAAAAGAAGAAAAAAGCUGAGAUCAAAGAGGAGAAGUACCCUACUUGGUAUUCAAGAUUCGACUAUUUAUCGGAAAAAGAAUUGCGAAAUCUUGCUCGCGUUCUUGAGAAAAGGAUAGAUGAUGCAAAAGGAAAAGUCGAAUUCUUGAAGAGCGCGAAUAUUGGAAGCUCCUCGUUACUUUCGCAUCAAGAAAUACAGGACUACACCGAGCUCAUGAACAACAACUACUACAACUUGAUGAACCAAACUACUUAUCCGUGGCCUUCUAUCAACUACAAGAACUUUUUUCAAGAAAAUAUUCCAAGUGGUGUGAUUUCAAUGGGCGCGAAGAUGGAGAUUCAACCUCUUACUAUUGAUGAUUAUCAAUUUGACGAUGCAGAUUAUUCUAUGAAGAUUGAGGCAGAAAACUGGUUAGCGAAUAAUGGAAUUGGUACAAGUUCUACAAUAAUGUUGUGCUGGUACAGAUUGCUGUCACCUUUGGUGCUUCGGCUGAAGCUUUGCUCUUUUGCAAAGUUUUAGCAGGACUAGUACUCAAAAAUUCUGCAUUGGGACCAUCACAUGCAUGUUCGAUUCUAUCAGGCAAGUUGAGCUUGCAGCUACCUUUGUCAUUGUUAUUCUUCCUCUCUAGUGGCACCAUUUCCUUAACUGCAUAUGGCCCAUCUCCAUCUUCAUCUGGCUUUCCAUUUGAACCGUCAGUGUUUUCGCUUAUUGGAUUGGAUUCCGUUAGAGUCUCCCUUUCUCUGGCAGUUCCAACAUUAGAAGUUGAAGAAGCUUGGCUUUGGUUGCUAGGAUACAAAGGCGUUCAUCUUAUCAUGAGUUCUAGACAGCUUUCCCUUUACUACAUGCUGAUCUGCAUCCUCAGGUGCAACAUUUUGGUCCUUCCACCAAUCCAAGUAUCGUCUGCUGACAUCUGACUCUAUGAACCUAGAAGGUAUAUAGAGCUUGACAUCUUUAAUUGGUCUGUUAUAAUUGGUCCAAGCAAUUUUUGGGGUAUGAUCACCAGCAAGAUUCACACAACCGGGCGCAUCUUGAUCAAAUCCGAACUGCAUUGAUACUCUAUGUGGAUUAUACUGUUCAACACAAUCCAUUCCAACAGUUCAGAAGCUCGAACAAGUCGAGCAAAAAUCAAGAUUUCACUUCCCAUCUUUUGUCCAACCACCACAUAUUCAUCUCUUUCCUUGUAAAAUUUGUUGAUGUCCCAAUUCUUCACAAUAUCAACAGCAUAAGGACGCCACAGAAAAUGUUCUGAUGCAGAAUCUAUUUCGCUCCUCGGAUCCACACAAUUUAGCUUUUUCACCUUAUGCCAUCUAGCUACCCUUGGCUCCCCGGUGUAGAUGACAGUACUAGGCUUAGGCUGCAAACUGGUAAAUCUCUCCCAAGCCCAUAGCUGAACAAAAUGAAGUGGAGCACGAAGGAUAAGAUCCGAAUCAUCUUCUACACAUCUAGAAUAACUACUUUUUUCAGCGUUCUUAGACGAAGAUACAAUCAGCUGUUUAAGCAAGUUGAGAUCCCUAUUAAUACUAGCAAGAACAGCAGGGGAAAGUGCUAUUGGAACUCCUUGAGAUAGAAAAAUUGCAAUAGGGAAAAGAGCUCUGUCAACACACUGAUAAAUUCUACAAGGAAGCACAUACCUUGACAACCAAAGGGUCAAAAAUGCAACAUGCUCCAAAUUGUCACCUCUUCCUGCAAAAUGUUCCAUCCAGGGAUGGGGAGAUACGUUCUUAUCACUCUCCUUAACAACUUUGUAAGCCUCACAAAGAUUUUUUUCAACUUCAACAGAAUCAUUGUUCUUAACAGGUUCCAACACACAUUGUCCCAAAACAGAAUAACCACCCAAAACUACUAUAUCCUACAAAGAAACAGUCCCUUCUCCCCAUGGAAAAAUGAAUGUAUUAGUCUCCAUACACCAUCUCUCAGUUAAAGCAAAAAUCAAAUCAUUGUGCCUAUAAAUCUUGAAUGUUGAAGCUAUAAUAGCUUCAAAGACUCCAGCUUUCUUCCAUACCUCUUGGUGUAAAGGCUUUAACUCACUCACCCAUUUAGACCAUCCCCUCAUGUAUGAAGGACCACCCCUAAACUUAACCUUUAGUGAAGAACAAGAAGAAAGUUUGGAUCUUGAAGGGAGAAAAGGGAGUUUCUUGGUAGAGGGUAUUGUUGGUUUAAAAAAAUGGGCAACUCUAAAAAUGGGUUUUACUUGUUCAUCAACAAGUGAAACCAUUAGCUCCUCUCUUUCUUCCAUGAUGUUUGAAUCAUCUAAAGCAUCCACCAUUCUUGACAAGUAUCAAGUUCUUGAAAAAAAAAAUUCUUUCUGUUUUCAAGAAUGUAGUAAAACAAAACAACCCAAAUAAGAAAAGAUAGUGUUAAGAAUUCGUGC